GUAGUUGUUGUGGCUGGUGCUGUUACUUGGAUGGUUGCGAUUGAGAUCCCGCUUUCGUUUGCUUCUUCGGGAAUUUCCGGCUCUUUGAAGCUGAAGGUUGAUAGAUAUCCAUUACUGCGUAUGUCUCUAUACCCUGCUGUAUGCGAUUCCAUGCACCGUUACUGGGAUAGCAAUCUCAGUGAUUCUGUGCUUAUCCCUGAUGGACGCUCCAUAGUCGAUAGAGGCUAUGGUUGA